AUGCCACCGGUGCAUCCCUACGCCGAGAUGAAGCGCCCCCCGCAGCACAUCGCCACAGAGCCGCCAGGCCGGCCGCAGCCCUAUGCGGUAAAGAGCCGACCACAGGAAGAGUUGAAUGUGCCUCCCCCGCGCGUCAGCGAUUUCAGGGAUGGCAUGGAGACACCGCAGACGGCGUCUCAGCCGGUGCCGGCACGUUUCGAACCACAGACACGAGCCGAGCCGAAGCCGAAGGUGGUGGCGAAACCCAAGCCUCCACCACCACCUCCUGAAGAAUACGAGAUACGCAUCAAACAUGCGGUGGAGGCGGGUGAAGUUCCUUUGAAGAUUUGGACCAACUGGACCUUUGGUGCAGUCAGAGAUGCUUUGUCCAAGAAGCUGAAGAGGGACGACAUCCAGAAGAAGGCUCGUUUCGUGUUCAAAGCCGGCACGGGCACUGCGCCAUGGAUCGCCUUCAAGGACCACGAGAUUGUGGGCUGGAAUCCUGAUGGUAGCCGCCGCAACGAACUCAUGUUGCUGGGCGUAGAGCUGGAACCAGAGCGCGAGGGUCCACUGUCUUUGGAGCUGACUCAACGUCUGCUGGAGGAAUUUGAGAAGGCCUGUGGGCAAGAAGAGACGCAAGUGGCACUUCAGAAGCUGUUGGAUCGUGGUGGCGUGGCGCUGCAGCUGGGUCUGACUCAGCUGAUGGGCCAAGCCUCCCAGAGGGCUGCAGAACAGCUGCAGCUGGGCCACUGGAAGCUCCAGCGCUUGAUGGAUGCUGUGAAGGCUCAUGGAAGUGACCGCAGCAUCCAAGAGCUCUCAAGCCGCGUGGAAAAAACCCUGCGCCUGGAGCCUGGGAAGCUCUUCGGCCUUCGCCAGGCGAGCACUUCCAGCACUGCUUCGGCCAUCAAGGGCCUUUUGGGGCGGAGCCAGGAUGAAGUGGAGGUGGAUGAAGAUCAGCCAGAAGAAGCAGGCGUACAUGAUCUCAGCAUCCAGGAGGCUGUGUCGAUGCAGCGAGAUCUCUAUGCCGGAUUUUCGGAACCACAAUUUCAACAGAGGCUUGACAACCUGGAGAACUUUCACAGAAAGGAUCCCAAGCUGAUCCUCUUGCGGCAAGAACUGUUCCUUUCUGUGCAAAGCAAGGUUUUACCAAAGUAUGGAUUUGGUGGAGACCUGAAGGGUGUCUUUGAUAUGCUGGAAGCAUUCAAAAAACCCGAGUUUCAGCAGAACCACGACUUCAUGAGACUUGGGUCGGAACUUAAUGCGCUUCUGCGCUUGACACCGGACGGACGACCCCGGCCGGCAACCAAAGAGGCCUUCCCAGAGCCUGCCAAGCCGAGCCAAGCAAGCCCAGCUGCCGUUGGGAAGCCGCGAAAAGAGGCCGCCAAGACGCCUGCGCCAAAGAAUGAAGUGGUUCGAGACAUUGAGGUCAUUAUCCGUCAUGCUGUGGAAGAAGACCACCCGCCCGAUGAGGAGGUGCGAGUGACCGUCAAGAGCAAUGCGACCAUGAAAACAGUGAAAGAGGCCUUGAUCAAGCAUCUUGGAAAGCCAGAGCUUUUGCAGACGUGCCGCCUUGUGCAGCGUGCUGGCGAGAACGGUGCAUUCUCGGGCUUUAAGGAUUCGGAGAAGCUGAACAAUCGCCGUGCUCUCCUUGUUCUCGGGAUCCCAAGCUUAAGGACUGCUGGCGAUGAAGCGCUCGACGUCGUUCCACCUGGUGAAAGUCGGGGUCAACGCCAACCAGAGGUGGUACCGCAGAGACCUCCAGUGGCUCGAGUGGCGCCUCAACGGGAACCGCCGAAGUUGACGGUUCCACAAGCGUUGGCGCUUCAGCGUGACUUGCUGCAGGGCUUUUCUGAUGCGGACUUUCAGUCAAAGCGGAAGGAGCUCAUCCGACUGUACAAGCACAGUGAUCCGAAGCGGUUCGGUGCCGAGCGGCAGAAGCUCUUCCUUUCGGUUCAGAAGAUCGUUUUGCCAAACUAUGGUUUUGAGGCUGGCCCUAAGGGUGUCUUUGACAUGAUGGAACAGUUCGAUCGCCCCGAAUUUGUGAUGAACGCGGCCUUUCAGCAACAGGGAGCGGUGUUGAACCAGCUCCUGUUCACGGACGACCUUGUGGGCUCUUCCGAGGCGUCGGUCGAGCCGGCCAGCCAAGUUGGUCGAUCAGUGCGGGAGACCUCAAAGAGGCUGCCAGAAGUGGUGCGAGACAUUGAGGAGGUGCGAGUGACUGUCAAGAGCAACGCGACCAUGAAAGCAGUGAAAGAGGCCUUGAUCAAGCAUCUUGGAAAGCCAGAGCUUUUGCAGACGUGCCGCCUUGUGCAGCGUGUUGGCGAGAACGGUGCAUUCUCGGGCUUUAAGGAUUCGGAGAAGCUGAACAAUCGUCGUGCUCUCCUUGUUCUCGGGAUCCCAAGCUUAAGGACCGCAGGCGACGAAGCACUCGACUUGAAAGCGCCAAGUGAUCCAAGCCCACCAAGCCCACCGAGCCCACGGCAAAGCGAUCAAAGUCCACCAGAUGCAGUCCAGGUCCCUCCGCAGAGACCUCCAGUGGCUCGAGUGGCGCCUCAACGGGAACCGCCGAAGUUGACGGUUCCACAAGCGUUGGCGCUUCAGCGUGACUUGCUGCAGGGCUUUUCUGAUGCGGACUUUCAGUCAAAGCGGAAGGAGCUCAUCCGACUGUACAAGCACAGUGAUCCGAAGCGGUUUGGUGCCGAGCGGCAGAAGCUCUUCCUCUCUGUUCAGAAAUUUGUUUUGCCAAAGUAUGGCUUUGAAGGGGGCCCCAAGGGAGUCUUUGAAAUGAUGCAGCAGUUCGAUCGACCAGAGUUUGCGGCUGACAUCACGUUCUUGCAACAGGGCGACGUUUUGAAUCAGCUGCUGUUUGCUGACGAACUUCCAGAAUCUGAAGCUUCUCAGGCUGUCAAGCCUCGAAAAGAGUCCAAGAUGCCUGUAGCAAAGAAUGAAGUGGUUCGAGAUAUUGAGGUCAUUGUCCGUCAUGCUGUGGAAGAAGACCACCCGCCCGAUGAGGAGGUGCGAGUGACUGUCAAGAGCAACGCGACCAUGAAAGCAGUGAAAGAGGCCUUGAUCAAACAUCUUGGAAAGCCAGAGCUUUUGCAGACGUGCCGCCUUGUGCAGCGUGUUGGCGAGAACGGUGCAUUCUCGGGCUUUAAGGAUUCGGAGAAGCUGAACAAUCGUCGUGCUCUCCUUGUUCUCGGGAUCCCAAGCUUAAGGACCGCAGGCGACGAAGCGCUCGACUUGAAAGCGCCAAGUGAUCCAAGCCCACCAAGCCCACCGAGCCCACGGCAAAGCGAUCAAAGUCCACCAGAUGCAGUCCAGGUACCUCCGCAGAGACCUCCAGUGGCUCGAGUGGCGCCUCAACGGGAACCGCCGAAGUUGACGGUUCCACAAGCGUUGGCGCUUCAGCGUGACUUGCUGCAGGGCUUUUCUGAUGCGGACUUUCAGUCAAAGCGGAAGGGAGUCUUUGAAAUGAUGCAGCAGUUCGAUCGACCAGAGUUUGCGGCUGACAUCACGUUCUUGCAACAGGGCGACGUUUUGAAUCAGCUGCUGUUUGCUGACGAACUUCCAGAAUCUGAAGCUUCUCAGGCUGUCAAGCCUCGAAAAGAGUCCAAGAUGCCUGUAGCAAAGAAUGAAGUGGUUCGAGAUAUUGAGGUCAUUGUCCGUCAUGCUGUGGAAGGAGACCACCCGCCCGAUGAGGAGGUGCGAGUGACUGUCAAGAGCAACGCGACCAUGAAAGCAGUGAAAGAGGCCUUGAUCAAACAUCUUGGAAAGCCAGAGCUUUUGCAGACGUGCCGCCUUGUGCAGCGUGUUGGCGAGAACGGUGCAUUCUCGGGCUUUAAGGAUUCGGAGAAGCUGAACAAUCGUCGUGCUCUCCUUGUUCUCGGGAUCCCAAGCUUAAGGACCGCAGGCGACGAAGCGCUCGACUUGAAAGCGCCAAGUGAUCCAAGCCCACCAAGCCCACCGAGCCCACGGCAAAGCGAUCAAAGUCCACCAGAUGCAGUCCAGGUACCUCCGCAGAGACCUCCAGUGGCUCGAGUGGCGCCUCAACGGGAACCGCCGAAGUUGACGGUUCCACAAGCGUUGGCGCUUCAGCGUGACUUGCUGCAGGGCUUUUCUGAUGCGGACUUUCAGUCAAAGCGGAAGGAGCUCAUCCGACUGUACAAGCACAGUGAUCCGAAGCGGUUUGGUGCCGAGCGGCAGAAGCUCUUCCUCUCUGUUCAGAGAAUUGUUUUGCCAAAGUAUGGUUUUGAAGGAAGCGCGAAGGGUGUCUUCGAAAUGCUGCAGCAGUUUGAUCGACCAGAGUUUGGGGCGGACGUUACUUUUUGGCAACAGGGAGACGCCCUGAACCAGCUGCUGUUUGCCGACGAGCUUCCAGACACUGAAGCUUCCCAGGUUGUUAAGCCGCGUAAAGAGGCUGCCAAGGCAAAGAAUGAAGCGAUCCGAGAUGUUGAGGAGGUGCGAGUGAUUGUCAAGAGCAACGCGACCAUGAAAGCAGUGAAAGAGGCCUUGAUCAAGCAUCUUGGAAAGCCAGAGCUUUUGCAGACGUGCCGCCUUGUGCAGCGUGUUGGCGAGAACGGUGCAUUCUCGGGCUUUAAGGAUUCGGAGAAGCUGAACAAUCGCCGUGCUCUCCUUGUUCUCGGGAUCCCAAGCUUAAGGACCGCAGGCGACGAAGCGCUCGACUUGAAAGCGCCAAGUGACCAAAGCCCACAACCAGAGGCUGCACUGCAGAGACCUCCAGUGGCGCAGGUGGCCCCUGCAAGCCGCGAAGCGCCGAAAUUGACGGUUCCAUUAGCGCUGGCGCUGCAGCGUGACUUGCUGCAGGGCUUUUCUGAUGCAGACUUUCAGUCGAAGCGGAAGGAGCUCAUCAGACUGUACAAGCACAGCGAUCCGAAGCGCUUUAGCGCCGAGCGGCAGAAGCUCUUCCUCUCUGUCCAGAAGUUCGUUCUGCCAAAGUAUGGUUUUGAAGGAGGUCCUAAGGGUGUCUUUGACAUGCUGCAGCAAUUCGAUCGAUCAGAGUUCAUGUCGAACAGCACCAUCAUGCAACAGGGAGAUGCGCUGAACCAGCUGCUCUUUGCCGACGAACUUCCGGAAGAAACUCUGCAGGAGCAAAAGAAGAGUCGCAAGGAAGCGGAGACAGCUGAGGUCCUUCUGACCAUCCGGAAUGCCAUUGAGGAGGAUCAUUUGAAGGAAGUUCAGCUGAAGGUGAAGAGCAGCUGGACCAUCAAAGAGAUCAAGCAGGCUUUGGCAGAGCAGCUGGAGGAUCCACAAGUUCUUCAAACCUGUCAUUUCGUGCGAAGAGUUGGGGAGAGUGGAGCAUUCUCCUCAUUGACAGAUUCAGAAAGGUUGGGAAAGCGCAGGAACCUCUUGGUCAUUGGACUUCAGAACAUCCAAAGCGAGGAACGUUUGAAGGGCCAGCGAAAGUCGUCCCGUUUGACUCCCAAAGCGGUAAAGAUCACGCCGGCACAAGCCAUUGCUUUACAAAAGGACCUCUACGAUGGCUUCUCAGCUCCCACUUUCCGUGCGCGAUUGGAGAAGUUGUGGGAGCAGAAACCAACCAUGGAAGUGAGGAAAUUCCGGGUGGAGCGGCAAAAGCUCUUCCUGACCGUGCAAAGUGUGGUGCUGCCAAAGUACGGUCUUGAGGGGAGCCAGCGUGGAGUCUUCGAGAUGCUCAAUCAGUUCGAUCAGCCGGACUUGCACUCCAAUGAGGAGUUUCAGCAGAUGGGAAACAUGCUCAACGAUCUUCUAUACAAAGGCGAACCUGCAGUUGCUGGAAGCAACGAGUUUGGUCCAGCCGAUGCACCAAAAGAGGUGCAGAUCCGCGUGAGACGAGCGGGCAAUGAGAACAAGGAAGAGGUGCAUGUCAUUGUGCCGAGCAAUGCUUCCAUGUUGGAUGUGCGGAGGGCCGUUGCGCGUAAGUGCAACAAUCCCAGCUUCGUGCAGCAGGGCCGCUUGGUGAAGAAUCAGGGUGGCGUUUUGGUUGGCUACCAAGACUUGGAGCAGAUCCGCGGUCGCAGGAGGCUGUUGUUUGUUGGCCCUCCGCUGUGGCCCAAGGGUGUGCCGCAGGCCGUCGACAGUGGGUCCGAGGAGAGUGAAAGUCCCGGUGAAAGUCCUGGCACGUUGUCACUUCAAAGCGCCAAACGGUUCUUGGAGAAGGUGAAGAAUGCAUGUGCCAGCGAUGAGUUUCAACAGCAGCUCCUAGAUGCAACAGCAAGAGCUCGUAAGAAGUCAGAUACAGCACUUCUGCGGAUGGGCAUUGGAGCGCUGUUCAUCUCCUCAUGCCGACACUUGCUGAGGAAAUUUGGCUUCCCAGACACUCGUCAGGGGUAUGAUCAAAUGUUUGGCGCCAUCUUCCCUCAUGGGCAGGAUCCAAAAGUCUUUGAACUCACCAGAGAUAUUGAGAAGCUUUUAGGUGUUGCACCUGGAUCCUGGUUCGGCAUCAACACUGAGGAAGACAACUUGCAGGACACACCUGAGCUCAGCCAAGAGGAGGCGAAAAGGCUCGUAACUGAAGUGAGAAGAUUGGUGGCAGCCCCGAACUUUCAACGAGAACUUGCAGAACUGCCUGAAAGUGUGGACACACCGCGAGAGCAGCAGGUCUACAUGUCUGUCUACCAGCUCCUGAGACCCACCUUGUUGUCCUUUGGCUUCCGUGGCGAUCCUCAAUGUCUUCAGCGCUUGCAACAGACCUUGACGGAGCACCUGGCAGAUCCCAAGCUUCGCAGCGUCAUUUUUGAGGUGGAAACCGAGCUGUUGCGUGUGGAUGCUGGUUCACUCCUGGGCAUUCAUGGCGCAGUUUCAAGCAAGGACAGAGCUGAGAUGGACACAGUCAAGCUGCGCAUCCGACAUGCGAUCAGCCACUCAGAGGUUCGACUGACCGUCUCAUCGGAGGCCGCCAUGGGCGAGAUCUUAGAGGCUUUGGCAAGAUCCGUCGGAGACGACGAUAUCAAGAAGCACGGCCGGUUCGUGGAAGCUCGACGUGGCGGAGCCUUCACAUCCUUUCAGGCGAGCGAGAAACUUGGCAAGCGUCGGCGGCUUCUGUUCCUAGGUGUGGAGUUGCCGAGCAAGAUGGAAAAGGACUCAACUCUGAAGGGUUCCAAUCUGACCAGGGAGCAAGCCAUUCAGCUUCAACUUGAGCUGCUGGAAGAGUUCAAAUCGGAUGCAUUCCAACAGCAGUUGAAGGACCUGCAGGAGACCUUCCACAAUGCUGCCGCCUUCUACGUGGAGAGACGCAAACUGAUCCUCUCGGUUCAGACAAGAGUCAUCCCAAAGUUUGGCUUCGCUCGAGAUCUUGGUGGAGUAUUGGAAAUGGUCCGCGUGCUUGGCAGCUUCCCUGACGACACUGGAGAGCUGAGCCAAAGAGGAUGGGAGAUUGAGAGGUUGAUCGGUGAAAGAGAGGCAUCAGAGCAAAGAAAGGAAAAUCUCGACAGAGGACGAGAAACUGAUGCAUCAGAUGAGGUACUUGAAGUUCAGGAUACCAGUGGCAUGGAAGAGCCCGGUGAAGAUGGACCUGCCUUCGGACAAGUUGAUACAGACUAUGAGGCUCCUGGUGCCAGUGACUUUCUGAAUGCCCUGGACAAGCUUGAUGAUGAGAUGCGCGACACGGACGUUGGGGAGGAUAGCGAGGGAAACUUUGCUAUCCAAGCAGGUAAGGCAGCAAAAACCAAAGAAGUGGAGGAUGCGAUACAGCCAGAGCAGGAAAGCGAAACUGAGCAGGCCAAGCAAACCGGGGAGGUCAAGCCAGCUGAGGAGGCAAGACAAGCUGAGGAUGCCAGGCCAGCCGAGAAGGGCAAACAAGCAGAGAACGCCAUGCUACUUGAGACAAAAGCAGGUGAAGAAGCAACACAAGUGAAGGAGAACAGGAAGACCGAGGAAGCACGACAAGCAGAGGAAGCCAAUCUGGCUCAGGGGGCCCAGAAAGCAGCUGAGGAGGAGAGGAAAGCUGACGAAGCAAGGCCAGCUGACGAGGCCACGAAAGCUCACGAAACACAACAAGCUAAGGAGGCUAACCUGGCCGAGGAGGCGAGGAAAGCCGAGGAGACAAGAUUAGCUGAAGAGGCAAGACAAGCUGAGGAGGAGAGGAAAGCUGAGGAGGCAAGACUAGCUGAAAAAGAAAGGCAGACUGAGGACGAAAAGAAAGCUGAGCAGGCAAGACUAGCUGAAGAGGAAAGACAAGCUGAGGAGGCAAGACAAGCUGAGGAGGCCAGAAAGGCUGAGGAAGCAAGACAAGCCCAGGAGGCCAAGCUGGCUGAAGAGGAAAGACAAGCCGAGGAGGCGAGACUAGCUGAGGAAGCAAGGCUAGCUGAACAAGCCAGGAAAGCUGAGGAGGCAAGACGAGCUGAAGAGGAGAGAUUGGCCGAGGAGUCAAGACAAGCUGAAGAGGCCAGAAAAGCGGAGGAAGCAAGACAAGCUGAGGAGGCCAAGCUGGCCGAAGAGAAAAGACAAGCCGAGGAGGCGAGACUAGCUGAGGAAGCAAGACUAGCUGAACAAGCCAGCAAAGCUGAGGAGGCAAGACGAGCUGAAGAGGAGAGAUUAGCCGAGCAGGCAAGACAAGCUGAGGUAGCAAGACAAGCUGAGGAGGCAAGGAAAGCCGAGGAGGAAAGACUAGCUGAGGAGGCUAGAAAAGCAGAGGAAGCAAGACAAGCCGAGGAGGCCAAGCUGGCUGAGGAGGCCAAGCUGGCUGAGGAGGCCAAGUUGGCCGAGGAGGCCAGGAAAGCUGAGGAGGCCAAGAGAGCCGAGGAGGCAAGACAAGCUGAGCAGGCCAAGAGAGCUGAGGAAGCUAGACAAGCCGAGGAGGCCAAGAGAGCCGAGGAGGCUAGACAAGCUGAGGAGGCCAAGCUAGCUGAGGUGGAGGUGAGUGUAGAACCUGCCUGCAAAGUUGCCAUAAAUGCCGCUGACGCUCAGCAGCAAAACAAUGACGAAAUCUGUGAGGAACCCCAAGACUCAGAGUUUGAUGCGGUUCAUGAGAAAGACUUUGCCGGACAAGUUGCAGCUGGAGCAUCCGCUCCCCUGGUGGCAGAGGACACUGACCUGGGGGGGAGGCCGGAAACGGCUAGCCCUUCCGAGAAGCCUUCAGAAAGUGAGCUGCAGGAGGAAGAAGAGGAAGAAGUUGAUGAAGACUGGGAUGAGGUGCUGUACUUGCAUCGACCCCACUUGAUCUUUGGAUUCUUUGGUGAUGAUUCGUUAUUUGACGUCCUAUUGAGUUCUACUGUACAGCUGGUGUAUUAUGAUGGGUACAAUCCAGGUGUGGAAGAAGUACAAGCUGUUGGACGCUGCUCGUUUGUUGGCUCACAGGAAUCCUAA